UCGCUAGGCGACGGGCUGCGGGUUUCCGGGGAGAGUUGCAUCGGGGCGUUCGUCCGGGGGUGUUGGUCUGUGAGGGUGGUGGUUGCGGGGCCUGACCUCGGCGUCGCCACCUGCACCCAGGGCUCGGCCGGGCUAUGGAGGGCGGAGGGCGGCCCUCGCUGGGCCAGUUCAUCCUCCUGGGCACCAGCUCUGUCGUCACCGCCGUCCUGUACUCCGUGUACCGACAGAAGGCCCAGGUCGCCCAAGAGCUCAAGGGAGCUAAAAGAAUCCACUUGGGUGAAGACUUAAAGAAUAUUCUUUCAGAAGCUCCAGGAAAAUGUGUGCCUUAUGCUGUUAUUGAAGGCGCUGUCCGAUCUGUUAAAGAAACACUUAACAGCCAGUUUGUGGAAAAUUGCAAGGGGGUGAUUCAGCGGCUGACACUUCAGGAGCACAAGAUGGUGUGGAAUCGAACAACCCACCUCUGGAAUGACUAUUCAAAGAUUAUUCACCAGAGGACCAACACGGUACCCUUUGAGCUGGUGCCCCAUGAGGAUGGCGUGGGUGUGGCCGUGCGAGUGCUGAAGCCCCUGGACUCGCUGGAUCUGGGCCUGGAGACUGUGUACGAGAAGUUCCACCCCUCUGUCCAGUCCUUCACGGAUGUCAUCGGCCACUACAUCAGUGGUGAGCAGCCCAAAGGCAUCCAGGAGACUGAGGAGAUGCUGAAAGUUGGGGCCACCCUCACGGGAGUAGGCGAACUAGUCCUAGACAACAACUCCAUCCGCUUGCAACCCCCCAAGCAGGGCAUGCAGUACUAUCUGAGCAGCCAGGAUUUUGACAGCCUGCUGCAGAGGCAGGAAUCAAGUGUCAGGCUCUGGAAGGUCCUGACGUUGGUUUUUGGCUUUGCCGCAUGCGCUGCGCUCUUCUUCCUCCUCCGAAAGCAGUAUCUGCAGAGGCAGGAGCACCUGCGCCUCGAGCAGAUGGAGAAGGAGUUUCUGGAGCAUGAGGCCCGGCUGCUGAGCCAGGCUAAGCCUGAGGACAGGGAGAGCCUGAAGAGCGCCUGUGUUGUGUGUCUGAGCAACUUCAAGUCUUGCGUCUUCCUGGAGUGUGGGCACGUCUGUUCCUGCACCAAGUGCUACCGUGCCUUGCCAGAGCCCAAGAGGUGCCCCAUUUGCAGGCAGGAGAUCACUCGGGUGAUCCCCUUGUUCAGUAGCUAACAGUCUUGAAGCCCCACAGGUAGACAUGGAAGGAAGCCCCCUGCCCCCCUCCGGGGAUCUUUAUCUCAAAGCCUUAGAAGGGCCGCUGCUAGUCCCCAGGUAUGAUUGAGGGAGGGGGUCAGGGAAGUAUCCAGAUCUCCUACCUCUCUCAGUAGGACGGUGCCAUUCAACCUGAGAUGGGGCCCUUUCUUACCCAGCGUGAGAGUCAAAGCCCCAUCCUGGGUGGGUAUGGUGGCGUGGCGUUCCUUCCCGGGGACCGGGUGCGUGUACGUGAAGACUGAGCACACCUCACUGCUUAACGCCAAAGCCAGCGAUCUUCAGCUCCUAGGUUCCUGUGUCUUCUGGUCCUUCCUGGUGAAUGGUUGAUUCCUGUGGACUUGAGCAUUAAGUACUCGGCCAGAGGGAGGCCAGGUUGGGCUCUAAGUGCGGUGUGUGCCCCCCAGAGCUGCCUCUGAAGAGACCCUGCCACAGUCUUCUCCUUGUGCCUACACCCCAGGAAACAGUGGUCAGGCUGGACGUACUACUUGGGUCCUUUCCUCUCACGUGCUUGCCUCCUAAAUGUGUGCACAUGCAUAUCAGGACACCAGAAAGUGGAGUCCAGCAUCUGCCUUCUAGCCGAGAGGAGGACUCUGGUCAGAAUGAAGAGCGAGCACUUCAAGGGGCAGAUGGAAUGGUGGUCAUUCAGUGCUCCCCAGCAGUAUAAAGACAGGGCAGCCUGACUGCAGCCCUCCUGGUGUUCCCACCGGAGCAUGCCGCUGGCCCUGACUGGGAACUUCUGUGGCCUGAGAGGGCUGAGGGGUGGCUCAGCUUUUCCCUGCCUGAGGUAAACCAGGAAGGCCUCACCACCUGGAAAUAAUAAGGAUGCUGCCUGGCUGCUGAACUCUCGCCAAGGAGAAGCAGCCUGCCAGCCUCCUGAGCAUGGAGCCUUUUCCAGCGCACCCCUCUACAACUCAAAAGUUGAUAUCCCAUGGGUGUAGUCACGUGGCCCCUUCCUGUGUUGCUGUUUGCCCCCCACCUGCCCUCUUGAGUUUGUGAGUGUCACAGAAGUGAGGGAAUCUCUCUCACUUCCUCUGAGUGGUCAGAGGCCAUGUACAUAACUCUUCCUUAUCUCCCUUCCCUGGCUUUCAUUCAUCCCCUGAUCCUCCUUUGUGCUGGGGAGGAGGGGGUACUCGGGGCUGACACCAGUUCUGUGGUGUGUCCAGUGGGGACAGCACAAAUUAAACAUGUUACAACCAA